GGCCGCCAUUCAAACCCAACAAUACAUCUUCUAUGACUUUUUUCUUCUUCUAUCCAAAUGGCUACAAUUCCUAGAAUCUUCCUGUACUUCUACUUCGCUUCAUAACUUGCAUCACAUCACAUAGUCGUUGCAAGAUUUCAAAAGUUUGGUUGGUUGUGUGUUGGAUAAAUGGAUUCAGUAGACCUUAUUAGUUAGGUGUAUCAGUGUAUUAAGCCCUUGAAUUUUUUAACCCCACCAUUGUUUUGUCAGAAAUCAAUAAUAAGGAUUUUGUCUUAUUUGGUAUUUCAUUUGUACUUUAUAUCCACGAGGAAGAUUAUAUUAAUAUUAGAUUAUUUUUUUACAGCGAACUGUUUUGUUUUACAUUUUGGGCGUUUCUUCCUCUUUGUCGGCUGUUCUUGUUGACCCAUAUUUUUUCUUUACCAAUAGUUUGUCCAAUUUUAGGUACAUUCAAUUGACAAAUCGUCUUUACAAUCCAAUUUCCUCUCAAGGGUCGUAUCUUUGGUGAAGAUCGAAGACAAUUCAUCGAACAUCUGUCAGGCAUUCUGCGGUAAUAAACCUUCAACUUUCUUUCACUUGAAUCGCUUAUUGUCUUCUUCCAAUUAGACUCCCAGUUAUAUCUUAUCAUCUUUCCCAACUUGGGUUUUCUUCGUUACUUGAGAUUUCGCUGAUUCCGUGUUGAAUACCUUUAUAUCAUUCAAGAAGAUGAAAGGGAAAUUUGGGGCAUCAGGGAGUUAUUUCCUGUUGAAUACAGGUGCCAAGAUUCCGGCCAUAGGUCUCGGAACUUGGCAGAGUGGCGGCGACUUCUGUGUGGAGGCAGUAAAAACAGCUCUAUCCGUCGGCUACCGCCACAUCGAUUGUGCACACCUGUACGGAAACGAGGCUGAAGUCGGGGAAGCCCUAACCGAGUUUUUCAGGGGUUCAUUAAAAAGAGAGGAUCUUUUUUUAACCUCAAAGCUAUAUUGUACCAUGAAUUCAACCAACAAGAUUGAAAACUCUGUUAAAGUUUCUCUCAAGAAUCUCGGUGUCUCAUACUUGGAUCUUUACUUAAUGCAUUGGCCUGAAAGCUCAGCUUUUGGUGAUGCCACUGAUCCUCCUGCAAAUUCUGGUUCUGAAUAUCGACAGUUCUUGAGUAAGUUGAAAACCGCAUGGAAAACUAUGGAAAAAUUAGUCGAAUUGGGUCUUGUUCGUGCUAUAGGAGUUAGUAAUUUCAAUAUACAACAAAUGAAAGAACUUCUCAAAUUCGCCAAGAUUACACCUGCAGUCAAUCAGGUGGAGUUGCAUCCAUUUUGGAGGCAAGAUGAGCUUGUGAAGUUUUGUCAAUCAAAAUUCAUACAUGUAUCUGCUCACACACCAUUAGGAGUCCCAACUUCAGCUCCCAAACCUUCUGAAAGUGGAUCAAGUGAAGAAGAUGAACCUGGAACACCUCGUAUAUCUUUUAGAAGGUCAAGAUCAGUCCAUGGCCCAAUGUUGAAGUUAUCAGUAGUUGCUGAGAUAGCAGAUAGACAUAAAAAGACACCUGAACAGGUGAUUCUGAGGUGGGGGCUUCAAAGAGGCACGAGUGUGCUACCAUGCAGUGUGAAGCCUGAAAGAAUAAGGCAAAACAUUGACAUAUUCAGCUGGAGUUUAUCAGAUGAUGAAUACAAACGUCUGAAUCGUAUAGAGCCACAAGUAUGUCUGUUUGGAAAUGGUCCUUUAGACACUAUUUCAGAAGACAAUGGAUCGAUAUUUGGAAGUGGUCCACUUCAAGCAGUUCAUGAAUCUGAAGAUGAUGUGGAGUUUAACUCAUGAUGGUUGUUGAAAUACUUUGUGUUUGUUGCUUUUAAUUGCAUAAACAUGUUUGAUUUUUGUUGGGUCAUUGUAAUAUUAUUAUGUCUUUGGGUCUUGUUUCUUUUGUUGAUGUUGAAUUGGUGAAUUAUGUCUUCUUUUGUCAAUUGUCAUGUAUAAAAGUUGAUGGAUGGUGUUUUAAUUUUUAUAA